GGCUCAUUUACCAGGUUGGCUCGCGCCUCCGUGUGCGCAUGCGCACCACUGACCGCAGGCGGACGGGGCGGGGACAAUUGCGUCAUCGGGGCGCGCGCUGAGGCCGACGCUGUGGUUGCCGGAAGUUGAGUGGCGUAGGCGAGAAAUAAUGGCAGCAGCUACGGGGGAUCCUGGGCUCUCCAAAUUGCAGUUUGCUCCCUUUAGCAGUGCCUUGGAUGUUGGAUUCUGGCACGAGUUGACCCAGAGGAAACUGAAUGAAUAUCGGCUGGAUGAAGCUCCCAAGGACAUUAAGGGAUAUUACUACAAUGGUGAUUCUGCUGGGCUUCCAGCUCGCUUAACAUUGGAGUUCAGUGCUUUUGACAUGAGUGCUCCCACCCCAGCCCACUGCUGUCCGGCUAUUGGAACGCUCUUUAACACCAACACGCUCGAGGCUUUCAAGGCCGCAGAUAAGAAGCUACUUUUGGAACAAGCAGCAGACGAGAUUUGGGAAGCUGUAAAAUCGGGCGCUGCCCUCGAAAACCCUGUCCUCCUCAACAAGUUCCUCCUCUUGACAUUUGCAGAUCUAAAGAAGUACCACUUCUACUAUUGGUUUUGCUUCCCUGCUCUCUGCCUUCCAGAGAGUCUACCCCUCAUUCAGGGGCCAGUGGGCUUGGAUCAAAGGUUUUCACCAAAACAGAUUCAAGCCCUUGAGCGUGCAUAUGAUGAUCUUUGUCAAACAGAAGGAGUCCCAGCAUUACCUUACUUCUUAAUCAAGUAUGAUGAGAACGUGGUGCUGGUUUCCCUGCUUAAACACUACGGUGAUUUCUUCCAAGACCAAAGGACAAAGAUAACGAUUGGUGUAUAUGAUCCCUGUAACUUAGCCCAGCACCCUGGAUGGCCUUUGAGGAAUCUUUUGGUCCUAGCAGCCCACCGAUGGAGUAGCAGUUUCCAGUCUGUUGAAGUCCUCUGCUUCCGAGACCGCACCAUGCAGGGGGUGAGAGACAUCGCCCACAGCAUCGUCUUCGAAGUGAAGCUUCCAGAAAUGGCAUUUAGCCCAGAUUGUCCCAAAGCAGUCGGAUGGGAAAAAAACCAGAAAGGCGGCAUGGGACCGAGGAUGGUGAACCUCAGUGAAUGUAUGGACCCUAAAAGGUUAGCUGAGUCAUCAGUGGAUUUAAAUCUCAAAUUGAUGUGUUGGAGAUUGGUCCCUACUCUGGACUUAGACAAGGUUGUGUCUGUCAAGUGUCUGCUGCUUGGAGCCGGCACCUUGGGUUGUAAUGUCGCUAGGACACUGAUGGGUUGGGGUGUCAGACACAUCACAUUUGUGGACAAUGCCAACAUCUCCUACUCCAAUCCUGUGAGGCAGCCUCUCUAUGAAUUUGAAGAUUGCCUAGCAGGUGGUAAGCCCAAGGCCCUGGCUGCAGCAGAGCGGCUCCAGAAAAUAUUCCCUGGAGUGCAUGCCAGAGGGUUCAACAUGAGCAUCCCCAUGCCUGGACACCCAGUGAACUUUUCCAGCGUCACCUUGGAGCAGGCCCGCAAAGACGUGGAGCACCUGGAGCAGCUCAUCGAAAGCCAUGAUGUUGUGUUCCUGUUGAUGGACACCAGAGAGAGCCGCUGGCUCCCUGCCGUCAUUGCUGCGAGCAAAAGAAAGCUUGUCAUCAAUGCUGCUUUGGGGUUUGACACAUUUGUUGUCAUGAGACAUGGCUUGAAGAAACCUAAGCAGCAAGGAGCUGGGGACUUGUGUCCUGGCCACCUUGUGGCACCUGCCGACCUCCUGGGCUCAUCGCUUUUUGCCAACAUACCCGGCUACAAACUUGGCUGCUAUUUCUGCAAUGAUGUGGUGGCCCCAGGAGAUUCAACCAGAGACCGGACCUUGGACCAGCAGUGCACUGUGAGUCGUCCAGGACUGGCCAUGAUUGCAGGAGCCUUGGCAGUGGAAUUGAUGGUUUCUGUUUUGCAGCAUCCAGACGGGGGCUAUGCCAUUGCCAGCAGCAGUGAUGACCGCAUGAAUGAACCGCCAACCUCUCUCGGCCUUGUGCCUCACCAGAUCCGGGGAUUUCUGUCACGAUUUGAUAAUGUCCUUCCUGUCAGCCUGGCAUUUGACAAAUGUACAGCUUGUUCUUCCAAAGUUCUUGAUCAAUAUGAACGAGAAGGAUUUAAUUUUCUAGCGAAGGUGUUUAAUUCUUCACAUUCCUUCUUAGAAGACUUGACCGGUCUCACAUUGCUGCAUCAAGAGACCCAAGCUGCUGAGAACAAACAUCACUAAAUAAGUCUGCUAGUUAUCAGAGGAGAAUGGACCUUCGGAAAUUGCUGUAUGUUCAUGUGUGCAGAUUGUUGUAUAGUAGGUGCCCAAUGUACAUAAUUAAAGGGAGUAUAGCUUACUGAUUUUCAGGCACCUCUGGUCCUUUCUGAAGAACAGCAUGCCUGUAGCCAUUGGAGAGUUGGCUCUAAUGUCCAUAGCUCAAAAUGUAAGACAGGGAAGACUGGGUUCUGGCCAUGUUCAGAGAGAAUAUGCCUGGCUUUUAUUUCAUGAUUGGAUGCAUCUUCUUAGGCCACCAAACCCUACCAUGAAUGGCUUCUCCGGUUACAACCUGAGAUAGUUAUGCUUUGCUUGUCAAUUAGAAUGUAUUGCAAAUCUUAAUUUCCUGUGAAGAAGUUCUUAGGAAAAAUGGCCUGUCUUAGCAUUUCCACAAGCUACAUAAGGAAAACCUUGUGUGCCUGUGUCCUGCAGGACAGGAGUGGAACACUUGCAAAGAGGCCUUUAGUCCUAUAGUCCUAUUUAUUGAUUACCACCCCAUUCCCACCCUUGCCCGGGGUUGUGUGUCUUCACUGUUGGGACAGGCCCUAGUGGUCACUGAGUAGACAUUCAGGCCCAGUACUGGACUAGCUGGUGGCAAACUAAAGCUGCUGUUGGGCAGACUGGGGCUAGCCUUGAGUAAGGGUGGAACUGCCAGAGUCCAAUCCUUUGACACUCUCAGCAGACUGAGGUGAGAGUUGUAGGCACACCUGAGAGGCAAGAUAGUACAUCUCUAAUACAACUUUUAACACUGAAAUCAGUUCUGGGGUACCUGGCUGGCUUAGUUGGAAGAGCACGUGACUCAAUCUGGGGGUCCUGAGUUUGAGCACUGCUCGCCAUGGUAUCCUCCGGGCGGUCAGUAGAUACAGUAUCCAACUUACAGCCAAUAGUUAGACCCACACAGAGUCUCUCAGCUUCAGUCUCAGAAGAUGAAUGGAAUCUUUGCUGAACUUUAAGAGACUUUGAGAUUUUCCCCAGAACUGUGAUUGGUUCCCAGAGGGUUCAGAAUGUUAUGGUGGUCAUGGCCACUGUAUUAUCCUUUGAGCAGCACUGUACUGCCUGAUGAUAAGGGAAAAGUAACUUACAGGUCUUUUCCACCAUGCAAUUGUUUGACUAGUUGGCUGGGGGAAUAUUUCUUCCCAGAUAGAAACAAUUCAUAUACUUCUCUUUUGUUGGCUAGAUGAAUUGCAACUUGAAAUUGACCCCAAAUCUCACCUUUUAAAACAGAGCAGAUGCUAGGAUAAUGGACAAAUUCCUUGAUAAAAUCUGGCUUGUUUUGCAUUUGAGUUGCAUUAAUAGCCUUUCAAAGAAGGAAGAGAAGGGGAAGUUUAAGAGAGCAAUAGUGACUAAAUAGAUGGUGGGGCAGCAGGGGACAUGGUUUCAUCCACAAGCCUGAGAUUGCUUUUUGAAGUUUUCCUCCAUUAAAUUAUAUUUAUAGGUUUGGAAUCAUAAGCCACACAUCAAAUUUUUGAUUAGAGAUGGUAGACUGUUUGGCUUGUGAGCCAGAUAUGGCUUGCAGGUGUGUUUUGUUUGGCUUGCCCUGUGUGUUAAAUCCUGAAUAAACUCAACAUUUAAAACUUGUGAGUUUUACUUAAAAAUCUGAAUUUUCCCAUUUCUAACUUCUUUGAAAAAUCAGAUCUGGUGUGCCGAGGCCUGCAUUUCUUAAUAGUGAUGGUUAGCAGGAAUCAGGAUACAAAUUUUAUAGUUAAAUAAUGUACUUUAUAUGAAAUUUAUUCUGCAUGAAAAGGAAAUCUUCUACACUUGUUCCUUACCACCCAGUUUCCUUCCUAGAGACAAACACUGUUGUUGGUUUUUGCCCAAAGGUAUUUUCUAGGUGAUAGUCUCCAUUUAAAUGAUGCUCUUGAGCUAAUGACCCUUCCAGUAUUGGAAUUUGGAAUCUUUAUCUUGGAAUUUGGAAUCUUUAUCUUGGAAUUUGGAAUCCUUCCAUUCAUUAGGUUGUCUUUUAGUUUUGUAGAUUGUUUCCUUCGCUGUGCAGUAGCUUUUUAUAUUGAUGUAGUCCCAACAGUUUAUUUUUGCUAUUAUUUCCUUUGCCCCAAGAGACAUAUCUAGAAAAAUGUUGCUACAUCCCAUCUUAGAGAGAUUACUGUUUAUGUUCUGUUCAAGGAUUUUAUGUUUCAGGUCUUGUAUUUAGUUCUGUAAUCCAUUUUGAGUUUAUUCUUGUGUGUGAUGAAAGAAAGUGGUCCAGUUUCAUUCUUUUGCAUGUAGCUGUCCAGUUUUCCUGGCACCGUUUGUUGAAGAGACUGUCUUUUUCCCGUUGUAUAUUCUUGCCUCCUUUGUCAAAGACCAAUUGACCAUAUAGUGGUUCAUUUCUGGGGUUUAUGUUCUGUUCCAUUGAUCUUCAUGUCUAUUUUUAUGCCAGUACCAUAUUGCUUUAAUUACCAGCACUUUGUAAUAGAACUUGAAAUAUAGAAUUGUAGUACCUCCAGUUUUGCUUUUCUUUUCAAGAUUGUUUGGCUAUUUGCAAACUUUUCUGGUUUCGUAUAAAUUUUAGGAUUGUUUGCUCUAGUUCUGUGAAAAAUGAUGUUGGUAUUUUGAAAGGGAUUGCACUAAAUCUAUAGAUUUCUCUGUGUAGUGUAGACAUUUUAACAAUAUUUGUUCUUCCAACCCAUGAGCAUGAAAUGUCUUUCCACUUCUUUGCAUCAUCUUGAAUUUCUUUCAUCAA